CUGCGCUUCCGCGUCCUUCGCGCCGCGGGAAGGGUGCGAACGGAGCUGCCCCCGACCGGCGUCUGAAUUAUCAGGAGCGUUAAGUGUCCGGUCUUCUUCCUGGAGAGCCCACGGCUCCCCAUACUGCUUCCACAGUGAGCUUUACGCCAUCUCUGUGAGAGGAUGGAAUAUCUCUGAAGGGGUCUCUUCGGCUAUUCUGCUGACACGCAGUAUUCUCUUGACUAAUGCUGGCAUACGACUGGGAGUACACAGGUUGGCUUUUGAUGGAUGGUAGCCAAGAUCUCCGUGGUUGCUAUUCACCUUGGAGGACAGGAAGCUUAUUUAAGAAGAGAAACAGAAAGGACGUUAUUGCUUGUAGAAGGAGAAGCAAGACUUUUGUGCUUUGAAAAGAUCUGCUGUAGUUUGCUGCCAUUUAAUGCUAACAACUCAUCUGCUUGAAGAGAUUCUGUUGUAAUGUAUCCAGUGGCUGUUCCUGCACCAGGAGGUGAAGGAAAUAACAAACAGCAUGGGAAACUUGUUUUUUUCCUUUUUGUUUUUGGAGCUGUGUUGCUGUGCACUGGAUUUCUGCUUUCAGUCUUUAUUCUCCAGUCAUGCCCAUCUGGAACCUUCAGUGACUGUAAUGAGGUCCUUAAGGCUGCUGGGCCAGUGCUGGCUGUAACUGGACUGGUUUGUGUUUUACUGGCACGAUCAAGGGCCAGGAUGUAUAUGAGACAAAGACAAUUGCAAAAUGAGCAGGUGUACAGCCUUGUUUUUUGCCAUGGGAACUGUCAGUUUGCCCAGUUUCUCAUAUUUGGAUUCCUGUUUUUAACUAGUGGAAUGCUCAUUAGCAUCCUGGGAAUUUGGGUUCCUGGUUGCAGCCCUGGCUGGCAUACCAUACAAUUCAACCACACCGGCAGUUCUGAUGUGAACCUCCAGGGCUGUGGAUUCCUGUCACUUCAAAUCAUGGGACCUUUGAUUGUGCUCACUGGGUUGUGUUUCUUCGUGAUAGCUCAUGUUAAAAAGAAACAAAACUUAAAUCUCAACCACGAAUCUUGUGAAAGUGAAGAACAUCCUCAGAGCCCUGAAUCUUUUCACGUUACAGUAGGUGAUGCUGUAAUGGUAUUCCCACCCCCACCACCUCCUUAUUUUGCUGACCCUAUGUCACCAACUGUGACACAUUGUCUUAUGUCGAGUGUUUUGCCUGCAAGUGAAAAUCCUCCACCAUAUCACUCUAUCUUCACUAAUGGAGCACAGCUUGCAGAUGAUGAAAGAAUGGUUGCUGUUAGAGACUAUGAAACCAUAUGUACAAUUUCUGGAAGCAGCUCACCUUCAGAUAUUUUACCAAUGCUAUACCUCUGCUCUGAAUCUCCUCCAAAAUAUGAAGAAAAAGCAUCAAUAACAAAUAAUGAAUAUUCACCAUCUUCUUCCUCAUCCUUUUCAUCUAUUUCCUUAGCCACAUCUGACAUCAGCUCAUAGAAGACUGUCAGUUGACUUAAUUUUUAAAUUAAAUUGUACACAGAGAUUUACAAUUUUUGAAUUUAUUUACAUUUUUUAAUAAAAGCAAUAAUGUUGGCUGUGUGUAAUCUUUCAUCAGGAAGAACAAUGAAUUUGGAUUUCAAGAAAUAACAGAUAAUGCUAGGCUUCUGCUAAAGUAGUCUGAAGGGAGUUCACUGCAGGAAUGUUAAACACUCAUCUGGUUCUGUUACAGCUUCAGUUUCUAUUUUUAAUUGUUCUUUUUAUAAUGAAGGCGUUAAGUAGAGACCAACUUUUUUGAUUAUUUUAAUUAAAUCUGUUUGGAGCUUCAAAAAAGAGAAAUAAUUAGAGUGUUUUCAUUUCUAUUUUUGCAUGACUUUUGUGGAAAAUAGUGGUUUGCGAAGUUAUUGACUUUGUAAGUAUUCUGAGACCAUUCACAAAUAAGGAUGUUUAAGCUUGGUACCAGAGAUGCUGUGAAGAACUUAAAUGGUUACAUUUUGUUCUGCCUGGUAACAAACACUCCAUAGCUUUAUUUAGACUGUCUCUGGUCCUUAUGUAAGUAUAAUCCCUGUGAAAAUCAGUUUUAGCUACAGUUAAGAGCCCAAAGGCAACCCUGAGGAUAGUUAAUAGGCUAACAGUUUAACUGUGGUAAUGACUGAUUUCAGGGGGAUUAUACUGCAGUUUUUUAUUCAUGGUUUAUACAGGGAGUGCUGUGCUUGUUGUGUGAGAGUGAGAGCCACAAAGCAAUGGUAUCUUUCAGGUGCAGACAUUACUUAUCAGCAAAUGCAGGAGAGGCAGUUUCGUGGAAACACAUGCAACAGAUGUUUUUAACCAACACAGCACUUGACAGACCCUUCAGAAAUACAGCCCUCUUUGCUUCUCCAUCCCUCUGCAGCCCCUAGGUUAGUGGUAGCAGCCUGUCCUCCAGCUGGAGGUUCUAGUUCUAUAUUGUGGUUGCUUGCACCUCUUCCUGAGCAGAAGGGUUUGCUUGUAGCAGGUAAUCUUUGACAUUUUACAACUUGCUCUGAACCCUGUUUGAGAAAAACAGACAUGAUUCUGUGCCCAGAAAAAGAAGUGGCAAGGCUAAUCUUUAGGCUUGGUUCAGAAUGAUGAACUUGCCAUCAUUAAAACAUCUCUCAAGAGUGAUGUCUGAACACCUGCGUGCUUUGGGACCUCACCUACACCUCAAACUUGUAUUCUACCUUGCUGAAUCUGGCUGUAACAGAAUGCCAAACUAUGAAUUAAGCAUUCCAAUUCCCUCCUGUGCCUAGCGAA